GGCCCCGCCUUGCCGGGCCUCCGCAUGGGAAGCGGGCGCGCGUCACGGCUCGUGCGCAGGCGUGGCCAGGCCGCCGGGGCGGUGGGUUCUGAGGGGAGAGCGCAUGGGCAGACAGACGGCGCGUCCGUGUGUCCGGAGCGGCGGGGCCGAGCGGGCGCCAUCUUCCCGGCUCCCUGAGGGGCGUGCUGCUUCUGAGGAGGCUGCGGCGGCGAGGAGUGCCCGUGUGUCCGACUCGGCAGCCGUGCCUCCAUGUGGUGGUGUGUGUGCGCUUCGCAGCGAUCUUGAGAGCGAAGAUCUCGAAGGAUUUCCUAGUUAAGUUGCUUUUACAGAAUUAACAGGUCUCCAAGAAAAAAAAAAAUUAAAAAGGUCAUUAUUGCUGUGGUUUGAGCUCAGCAUGGCUGUAGUCAUCCGUUUACUGGGGCUUCCUUUUAUUGCGGGGCCUGUGGAUAUUCGUCACUUCUUCACGGGAUUGACUAUUCCUGAUGGAGGAGUGCAUAUAAUUGGAGGGGAUGUAGGGGAGGCUUUUAUUAUCUUUGCAACAGAUGAAGAUGCAAGACGUGCUGUAAGUCGUUCAGGAGGGUUUAUCAAGAAUUCAUCGGUAGAGCUCUUUCUUAGUAGCAGAGCAGAAAUGCAGAAGACCAUAGAAAUGAAAAGAACUGAUCGCGUAGGAAGAGGGCGACCAGGAUCUAGGACAUCAGGGGUUGGCGGCCUGUCUGAUUUUGUUGAGGCUGUUGAGGAAGAAGAAAAUAAAUCUGGAUAUGGCUCUUCAGUUAAUCAAGAUGCUAGGUUUCAUGCUAACGGUACGGGACGUGGUGAUCCUAGACCAAAAAAGACAAGGCCACUGAAGGCUGAGAAUCCUUACUUGUUUCUGCGAGGUUUGCCUUACUUGGUGAAUGAAGAUGAUGUACGAGUCUUUUUCUCUGGUUUGUGUGUUGAUGGAGUAAUUUUCUUAAAACAUCAUGAUGGCCGAAACAAUGGUGAUGCCAUAGUAAAAUUUGCCUCAUGUAUUGAUGCUUCAGGAGGUCUUAAAUGUCACAGAAGUUUUAUGGGUUCAAGAUUUAUCGAAGUCAUGCAAGGCUCAGAAAGACAGUGGAUUGAAUUAGGAGGCGACGCAGUUCAGGAAGAUGGUGUUCCUGCGAGCUCUGAUGAACAUUCUUCAGCAAGAGGAACUGAUAGACAUUUCCGGAAACGGUCUCAUCCAGAAUCUCCCAGAACACGCUCUCGUUCCCCUCUUGGAUUUUAUGUUCACUUAAAAAAUCUGUCCCUUAGUAUUAACAAAAAAGAUUUAAGAAAUUUCUUUAGAGAUACUGAUCUGACUAAUGAACAGAUUCGAUUUCUAUAUAAGGAUGAAAGAAGGACAAGGUAUGCCUUUGUGAUGUUCAAGACUCUGAAAGACUAUAAUACUGCUUUAACUUUGCAUAAGACUGUUUUACAAUAUCGUCCAGUUCUUGUCGAUCCAAUUUCUAGAAAACAAAUGCUGAAGUUCAUUGAAUAUUAUGAAAAGAAGAGACCAGGGUUAACAGGAAAAGAGAGGUCUGGACGUGUUUCACAAAAAAAUUCUCAAGAAGGCUCUUCUGGCCAGAAACUCUGCAUUUACAUGAGAAACUUUCCAUUUGAUGUAACUAAAGUCGAAAUACAGAAAUUCUUUGCAGACUUUUCCCUUGCUGAGGAUGAUAUUUACUUGCUUUAUGAUGACAAAGGUGUUGGUCUGGGAGAAGCACUGGUGAGAUUUCAGUCUGAAGAACAGGCGAUGAAAGCUGAACGUUUAAACCGGCGGAGGUUCUUGGGAACAGAGGUUUUACUAAGACUUAUAUCUGAGGCACAAAUGCAAGAGUUUGAAGUAAAUGUCAUGUCCGGUGAGAAAACACAAAGCUGUUCACCGGCGCAUGACCGAGAUGACCGCCCCCAUGUAUCUGGCUCCAGAGAAGCACCGGCGUACUCAUUCGGCUCAUCGGAAAGCUUUAGGCAUCCCCAGAGGGAUUCCCAGCACCUUCCAGAAGACUUCAGGCGUUCCCCGGAGAACUUCAGACCCUCUCCGGAGGAUUUCCGGCAUCGGCGGGAGGAGGAUUUUCGGCGUUCGAGGGAGGAAGACUGGAGACGGCCAGAUGAGGAGGACUGGAGAUGGUCAGCGGAGGAGGAGGAGGAGGAAGAGGAGGAGGAGGAUUUCGGGCGGCUUCCAGAAGGAGAUUUUCGGCGGCCACCCGAGGAGGACUUGAUGCCUUCUUGGGAAGAGGAUUCCUGGUGCCCUCCGGAGGACAGCUUCAGCCAGCCUAGGGAGGAGAACUUCAGGCGGCCUCCUCAUGGGGAAUGGAGGCGAGCACCUGAGGAGGAAUUCAGGCAAGCCCCUGAAGAGGACUCCCGGCGGCCCCCAGAGGAGGAUUUCAGACGUUCCCCCGGGGAAGAGGUAAGGCGGUCGCCCCCUGACCAUUUCCGGCGGUCGCCCCUUGACCAUUUCCGGCGGCCACCUCAGGAACGUUUCCGGCGACCACCACCAGAGCACUUCAGGAGAGCACCGCCGGAGCACUGCAGGAGAGCACCACCGCCGGAGCACUGCAGGAGAGCACCAACUCCGGAGCACUGCAGGAGAGCACCUCCGCCGGAGCACUGCAGAGCACCACCACCGGAGCACUCCAGGAGAGCACCGCCGGAGCACUGCAGGAGAGCACCAACCCCGGAGCACUGCAGGAGAGCACCGCCGGAGCACUGCAGGAGAGCACCUCCGGAGCACUGCAGAAGGCCGCCCCAGGAACCUUUCAGACGCCCCCCUCCGGAACAUUUCAGACGCCCCCGAGAGGAAGAGUUCAGACAUGUGCCCGAUGAAGACUUCAGGGACCCUGCUGAUGAAGACUUUGGGCUCUCUCCUGACGAGGACUUCCGGAGCCCUCAGGAAGAAGACUUUAGACACCCUUCUGAUGAGGACUUCAGACAGCUCCCUGAGGAAGACCUCAGGGAUGGCCCUGAGAAGGAUCCCGGGCUUCCAGAAGGCGGUAGGCCCCCUGGUGAGGCUUUUAGGAGCGCGGCUGGUGAUUUUAGAAGUCAUCGUCCUUUCGUGAAUUUUGGUCGUCCGGAAGGCGGCAAGUUUGAUUUUGGAAAACAACGCAGUGUGGGAGGUUUUCCUGAGGGGAGGUUUAUACCUGAUCCAAAAUUAAAUUAUGGUUCAAGUAGAGGAACGCCCAUUAAGAUAAUGAAUCUUCCAUUUAAGGCUAAUGUUAAUGAAAUUUUAGACUUUUUCCAUGGUUAUAGAGUGAUAACCGAUUCAGUUUCAAUUCAGUAUAACGAGCAAGGAUUACCUACAGGGGAAGCCAUUGUUACUAUGAUAAACUAUAAUGAAGCCAUGGCUGCUAUUAAAGAUCUGAAUGAUAGGCCAGUUGGCCCCCGCAAAGUUAAGUUAAUGUUACUCUAGCGACUAUAUAUUUAAAUUGUUACCAUCUACAGUAUUGGUGCAGUAAAAUGCAUUUUUUUAAAAAAAGUUUACGUGUAAUUAUCUAGUGAAGGGAAGCAUUUAAUUUUGAACUGUGAAACAAAAAAUGUAAAUAGAAUUUGACUUUUGGGCUUGGAAAUUAGUGUUCAUUUUUUUCUAAUUUAGAACUACAUAUGCCCUUUUCUUUGAAAGAGAUAAUUGAUUCCUUGAGUUCAGUAACUUUUGUUGAUGUUACGGAUAAAUUUCAAGACUUGUGUAGAGUUGUGUUUGUGAAAGAGUUUCCAUUCACUUUCAUUCUGUAGUCUACACCUUUUAACUCCUUUUGUGUAAGGAGAUGGUCAGUGACUGUUCAGGUUUAGCAUUUUCAUUGCUACUUGCCUUCAAAAUCAAUGCCCACUUUCUUGUCUGAGAUACUGUUUUAAGCUUCCUGUUAAUUACAAAUAGUUCAAAAUGGACAGACUGUGAACUUGAAUAUACUUAUGUGAAACACUUAGGUGAUUCUCGAAGUUCCCAUGUUCAUAACUUUGCAGUUUUAUAAAAAUAAAAGUAUUACAACUGAAUAGAGCAACUAGUUAACUUGUGUUUAUAUAGAAAGAAAAAAGAAUUGCAGCUCAAUAUUAUGAGGUUUUUUCCAACUGCUUAUGAUGGGUGGGACCAAACAUUGUAUAAUAGUGAUGUGCAAUACUUUUGUUUCUUCAACAUUUUAUUAAUAUAUUGAUAAAGACAAAGUACUAAAAAAAUAAUAAUAUAAUUUUAGGUCCAAGGAGACUUUCUUCUCCUUUUUCCUCCCAGGCAGUUCUCUGACAAAUAGAUAUAGUUUGUUUUCAAGGAAGAAUUUAUUAAUGACAUAUAUAACUUGUAUGUUUUUUAGGUUCUUAUUUUUUAGCUUCAAAACUUGAUGUCCGUUCAGAGACUCAGAAACAACUGUAAGACUUGAGAGAUUGGAUUUUGAUUUAAUAGUUAACAUUUAAUGUAGACAUUUUACAAAUUUGGUUUGAUUUUCUAUACCCAUGUCUACUGUUUACUGGAUACUUAUUAUAUGUUAGGCACUAUAAGCACUUUAUAAACUUAUAUCCCUUAAGAAGUACAGGGCUUAUUAUUACCUCUAUUUCACCAGUGAGAUUGAUAGCCCAGAUAGGCAAAGGCUCCAGUUCAUGCUCUUAAUACAUUUGCUGCCUCAUUUUGUUAAAUUGUAUCAAUUUUAGUAAAACCAUGCUGCAAACAUUUUGAAGGGUAAGUCAUAUCUUACCACCAUUUCUACUUUAAAAAUACAAUUAGAAAAGAUAAAGCUAGAGUGUUCAAACAUUGCUAAUAAAACACCAAGUGAGUAAGA